CAAUCAAUUCCUUCCAAACGCUAAGGUCCUCAAGAUGCCACACUCAUACGGUUAUCGCGCACGUACGCGCCGCCUGUUCAAGCGCGGGUUCAAAGAGCAUGGACCUAUCAAAAUGUCGACGUACCUCACCACCUACCGCAAGGGUGAUCUUGUUGAUAUUAAGACAAAUUCGGCUCAACAGAAGGGCAUGCCCCACAAGUACUACCAUGGUCACACGGGUGUUGUGUUCAAUAUAACACCAUCAGCUGUUGGUGUCAUCGUGAACAAGAUUGUCGGCAAUCGAUACAUUGAGAAGCGAAUCAGCGUUCGGGUUGAGCACGUUAAACACUCCAGGUCAAGAGAGGAGUUUGUAAACCGUGUGAAGGAGAACGAAAAGAAGAGGGCUGAGGCCAGGAAGAAUGGCGAGACGAAGAAACUUAUACUCAAGCGUAUACCUGCCCAACCCCGCACUGCUCAUAUCGUGUCAGGCGUCGACAACCUCCCACAGACAAUCGUUCCUCUCCGCUACGAGACGACUAUCUAAAUUCUCCUUUCAUUGGCAUUCGAUCCCCUUUCCAUUAUCUCUUGUAUGUUUCACUCAUGUCGAAUAUGAUUGACAGCAUGCCCUUCCGAACCAAAUGGAUCAUCUUCAACGAGAGUUGUCAGAUACUAGAUCUAAAUCAGAGUUACGCUCCAGCAUUUUCCUGCCUUAAGCCUGCGCGUUCAAUUUGAAGCUGCGUUAGAUGCCCAUUUUAUGUAAUCUUUUCUGCGAAUUAGAAAUUGCUCUGAAAUGCUAUUAGUCAUA